UAUUUAUUUCUUACCGAUCAAGUUCUCCGGUUGUCUCGGCAGGCUCGCUAUACUCUCAGAGGGAAACAAGAAAUAAAAAAACCUAUCUUCUCGUGGAGAGAGAAGACGAAGGAACGGCCAUGGAUGCCAAGAUCAUGAGUUUUUUCGAUUCUGUUAGUUCUUUCUUCAGCGGUAGCGAUAACAUCCCGUGGUGCGAUCGUGAUAUUAUUGCGGGUUGUGAGAAGGAGGUUGCUAAUGCAAGAAAUGCUGAGAAUAAGAAUGAAAGUCUUAUGAGAUUGUCUUGGGCUCUUGUUCAUUCUAGGCAAACCGAAGAUGUGAAUCGCGGGAUAGCCAUGCUUGAAGCUUCUUUGGAUAGUUCUUCCAGCCCUCUACAGACAAGAGAGAAAUUGUAUCUUUUAGCUGUUGGACAUUAUAGAAAUGGAGAUUAUGCUAGGAGUAGACAGCUUUUGGAGCGUUGUUUGGAGAUCGCACCAGACUGGAGGCAGGCCCUUACUCUGAAGAAGGUAGUGGAAGAUCGAGUCACCAAAGAUGGAGUAAUUGGUAUCGGAAUCGCAGCAACUGCUGUGGGACUUGUGGUCGGUGGAAUUGCUGCUGCUGUAGCUCGGAAGAAAUGAAUCCCUUUAUAUAAGUUGGUUGUGGCUGUUUGGAGCGGCUGCAUUGUCCUGACUUGCAACUUCUGUUAUUAUUCUCCCAAUUGUGUUUUUCUUUUCACUGGUAUGAACUGUGCUAAUUGGUUUUCUUUUAGAAGCUCAUAUAAUCCGUAUAGAAAGAGACGAGGCUUGUAAAUUUAUCUUAUUGCAACUGUUAUGCUAUCAAUCUUUUAUGUGGUUGAUUAUUUUUAAAAAAGUAUACCACUUUGAAGUAUA